GAGCGCCGGCUGCCUGGCGGGAGCGAGUGUAGACGCGUGCGGCGAGCUAAAUCGUGCCGUGCUCGCCCCCGCCAAGCUAGAUCCUCCCAGGGGGGGAAAAAAAAAGUUUCUCUAUUCCCCCCACUCCUCGGCCUGGAGGGAAAAAACAUCCCAUAAAACCCUAGACUUGAACGUUCUGGCGGCUCCAAAUUUCCAAUCCCCUGGCCCGGCGGAGCGAGAAGUCAGGGAAAGGUAAGUGGUGCCGGCCCUUGGAGAAGUUUCAGUGGAGACUAGCUCAAGAUGGAAACCGCAGCCCGGGCACUCAGGACAGGCUGCAGCUCCCGCUUACAAAAAGAGAAAGUCGAGCCCGCCUUCCUGCCCGACAAAAAACAACAACACAACAACAAGAACUCCGAAGGGGGUGGAAUGAGUGAUGUCACAGAGCCGCGCUCCGAGGCUGACAAAGGGGGGGCGAGCCCCUCCCCCUCUGCGCCGCGCGGCCCCAGGGAGGGGCGCCCAAAGCGCCGGGGAGCUGAGCCCGCCGACUCGAAACUUUUCCUCUUUAAGAAAAAAAGUUGUGCGCGGCUCGGAGUGGGUUUUUUUUUUUUUUUUUCCUCCUUUCUUCGUCUCCCCCCCCCCCCCUUCCUUUUGUUAGUUUCUUUCCUCCCCUCCCCGCCCCCCCCCCCCCCCCCCCCCGCUUGACCGCAUGGCUGAUUCAACCUCAGUGUCAAUCAACUUUUUUUCCUCCUCUUCCUCAUUUAAAUAAGUUUAAAGCUCCUCCUCCCCCCAGCCCACCAAAUCUGAAACUUUAUAAAUUGGGCUUUGCGCGCCGCAGCCCGGGAGAGUCAGAAAGGCGAGGGGCGCCGGGAGCAGGCGUGUGGGACUCCAGACCGGAGAGCCGGAGGCUGAGCCUUCCCUGCACCGGGACCUUCACGACACACCAGAUCCUCGCGCCCCUGCCCCGUGCGAGCUCCCACGAUGACCACCACCCUCGUGUCUGCCACCAUCUUCGACUUGAGCGAAGUUUUAUGCAAGGGUAACAAGAUGCUCAACUACAGUACUCCCAGUGCAGGUGGCUGCCUGCUGGACAGGAAGGCAGUGGGUACCCCUGCUGGUGGAGGCUUCCCUCGGAGGCACUCUGUCACCCUGCCCAGCUCCAAGUUCCACCAGAACCAGCUCCUCAGCAGCCUCAAGGGUGAGCCAGCUCCGGCUCUGAGCUCUCGGGACAGCCGCUUCCGAGAUCGCUCUUUCUCCGAAGGGGGUGAACGGCUGCUGCCCACCCAGAAGCAGCCCGGGAGUGGCCAGGUCAACUCCAGCCGCUACAAGACGGAGCUGUGCCGCCCCUUUGAGGAGAACGGUGCCUGUAAGUACGGGGACAAGUGCCAGUUCGCCCACGGCAUCCACGAGCUCCGCAGCCUGACCCGCCAUCCCAAGUACAAGACGGAGCUGUGCCGCACCUUCCAUACCAUCGGCUUUUGCCCCUAUGGGCCCCGCUGCCACUUCAUCCACAACGCUGAGGAGCGCCGCGCCCUGGCCGGGGCCCGGGACCUCUCCGCUGACCGUCCCCGCCUCCAGCAUAGCUUUAGCUUUGCUGGGUUUCCCAGUGCCGCUGCCACCGCCGCUGCCACGGGGCUGCUGGAUAGCCCCACGUCCAUCACCCCACCCCCCAUCCUGAGCGCCGAUGACCUCCUGGGCUCACCUACCCUGCCCGAUGGCACCAAUAACCCCUUUGCCUUUUCCAGCCAGGAGCUGGCAAGCCUCUUUGCCCCUAGUAUGGGGCUACCUGGGGGUGGCUCCCCCACCACCUUCCUCUUCCGGCCCAUGUCUGAGUCCCCUCACAUGUUUGACUCUCCCCCCAGCCCUCAGGAUUCUCUCUCGGACCAGGAGGGCUACCUGAGCAGCUCCAGCAGCAGCCACAGUGGCUCAGACUCCCCCACCUUGGACAACUCAAGACGCCUGCCCAUUUUCAGCAGACUUUCCAUCUCAGAUGACUAAACCAGGGUCUGCAGGAAGGAAGGCUGAAAAAGCGGAUGAAGAUUUUGAUAUAAGUGGGACUUUUGUGAUUUAAUCUUUUUUUUUUUCUUUUUUUUAAAGUGGGGAGGAAGGGGAAGCUAGAUGGACUAUGAGAGACUUGAUUUUGGUGCUAAAGUUCCCCAGUUCAUAUGUGACAUCUUUUAAAAAAAAUGACAACAACAAAAAAAAAAAAAGAGAAAAGCUUAAAAAAAAACAUGUAAGGGGUGAGCAGUUAAUGGUAUUCAUUCCACAUACAAUAUCUGUGUAAAACGAUUUCCUGUAGAAGUAGCUUUAAUGGUUUUUGCUCUAGAAUACCGUAGGUUGACCCUUAGAGCACUCACGCCAUGCUUUUUUCCCUGGGUUUUAAACUUCAUAUAACUUUCAGAAAUUGGAGAGCAAAAAUUUUGCUUGUCACUGCACAUCAAUAUAAAAAAGCUUAUUUAACUUAUCAAAACGUAUUUAUUGCCAAACUAUGCUUUUUUUUUGUUAAUUUUGUUCAUAUUUAUCGGGAUGACAAAUCCAUAGAAUAUAUUCUUUUAUGUUAAAUUAUGAUCUUCAUAUUAAUCUUAAAAUUUUGUGACGUGUCUUUUUCCUUUUUUUUCCACAGUUUUAAUAUAUUAUUCUUCAACAACAUUUUUUUGUAACUUUACACUUUUUUUUGGUUAUUUUAUUUUAAAAAAAUGAAAAAUUAAUUUAAAAAAAUGCAAAAAACUGUUGGAUUAUUUAUUUUAGAAAUUCCCCCCUUUGUGUUGGACUGCAAAUUGAGUUUCUUUCUCUUUAGGCCUUUCACAGGUAGGACUGAGAAUGUAUGUAAAAGUUCUGUGACAGUAUAGAAGGAAAACGACUUUAUGUAUAGCUUCUAAAAGGGAAAAAAAAAAAAGAGAGAAACCCUUUGACUUCCACGUGCCCAUCUCAAGACAUUCCGCUCGCAGAUUUGAGGUUCUGGAUUCCAGGUUUGGAGUUUUCCAAUGUUAGUGUAAACAGAACUGGCGCACACACACAUUAAGAUGAAUGUAAUUAUUAUUCCUCUUGCUGGUCACUACCGUCGCUUUCUAUUUCUCUUUCUUUGUGUGAAUUUAUUUAAAAGAAAAAAAAACUUUUUGUAACGACUAUUUGCAGUUUAAAAUCAAUAAACCCCGUUUUUCAAGAAACUGA